UAUCUGUUCCGUAAAAAAUGUAAACAGAAAAAUAGACGAAUUUCGAUUUUUCCAUUACUACGAGUUGACGCAGUACUUUUAUCAUUUAAACUUUUAAAAGAACUUGUACUCAAAAAAUUUUGUUCAUCAUUAAGCGUCUAAGUAAUACUACCUAACACUUACGUUUUAUUUUGUCUUGCAAUGACGUCUGUAAAGAAAUUGCGUGAAGAUAUAGAUAUCACAAAGCGAGAACUGAAAAAUCUAAGGCAGGAGAUACGAAAACAAGAUGUAUUAAUGAAAUCUGAGCUUGAUAAUUUUAAAACACUUAUUUGUGGUACAGCAGAAAAAACUAAACCUCCUGAUAAACCCAAAAAGAUAUUGAAUGCUUUCAUCUAUGCAAUUGUCUUUGCAGAUGAGAAACCGGUGUAUCCGCUGCUUCCUAUUGGCUACAUUUCUUCAUGCUUCAAGUUUAAAAAUGGUAUUCCGAGGCAGCCCACCCUCUGUCCUUCCGCCAGGGGAACACUCAAGAUAGAAAAAUCUGUAUUUACAAAUCCAGAACACUCAUUAAUUGGUUUAGAAGAAUUCUCUCAUGUUUGGAUUUUGUUUAUAUUUCAUGAAAAUGAGAAUGUUGGUGUGAAAGCUAAAGUUCAUCCUCCCCGCCUUAAUGGGACAUCAGUAGGAGUUUUCAGCACUCGCUCACCCCACAGGCCUUCACCUGUUGGACUAUCAUUAACAAAAUUAGACAAAAUAGAAGGUGAUACGCUUUAUUUAUCUGGCAUAGAUCUGCUUGAUGGAACACCUGUCAUUGAUAUUAAACCCUACAUCCCUAUGUAUGACAAUCCAUUCCUCAUCAACAAAUCUACUUUUGAAGAGUGUGGAAGUGAUGAAAUUCAAGAUAUAGACCUUCUCAACCAAGAUACUGAUGAAACUGACUUGAAACUUGACCAAUUGAAAAUAACUUCAGAAGAAGGUGCAAAAAAUAGCCAAGGAUGUAAAAUUCCAGAAUUCCUUCGUGAACCUCCUAAAAAACUUGAAGUUGUAUUUACAAACAGAGCUCUGAUCGAUUUGGAGAACCUUAAAAUGAGCAACAAAGAAGAAACUAGUUGUGGUGAGUGUUCGAACCAUGCCGAAAUCAAGAAAUCUAUCGUAGAGGUGUUGCAGAAUGAUCCGAGAUCUAUCUAUCGAAAGGAAAAAUGUUCUGACAAACUAUACUAUUUUUACAUUAACCAUAUCCAUGUUACAAGUUGGUUUGAUGACCAAACAGCUGAAGUUUUAAGAAUUAAGUUAUCUAGUUCAACACCAGAAUGAAUUUUGCAUAAAUUGAAAUGUGUAACGUGUAUCUAGUGAUCGGAAUAACCUGAUUUUUUAGAACAUAAAAAAGUUGGGGGGAAUUUCUGAAAGGGGCCUCUCUCUCUAUAGAAGCAGGGAAAUUCAGUCGACUUAGGAAGUUCUUGGAAAAAUAGCAAUUGAUUACAAUUGCAACUGAAUGUGUUUUCAUUUAUUGUUCUUGUCAUCAGUGCUAUUUUUAACAACAUACCAGCAGUUUACAAUACAGUACAACAUACAAUUACCGUUCUCUUUGGCAGGUUAUCGUAUAUUUAAUGUUAAUAAAUAAUUCAAAAUAAUAAUUUUGUUAUUUCCAUUUUCUAAAUUAAUGCCGACCGGACUGAAUAGGGGUCGGGGAACUGGCUUUGCAUCAGAUAAUAUCAUGAAAUUUUCUAAUAUCAUGAAAUUUUAAUGUGCAAAAACAUUGAAGAAAUGAGCAAUUUUCUGUAUAUAUUGUAAAUUCUUAAAGAUUAGUGUUUUUAAAUUAUUUAAAAUCGCAGUAAUUUAUCUUACAAAAUUCUGUUAAAUGUUCAGAAUUUCUAGAAAUCUCAGAGAUUUUAUCUGGAGACUGGCCAACCUAAAUUUUUACAUUUAAAAUGUUAAA